AUGUGGGAGGUUUUUAAACAGGUUAAAAUCAAUCUUCCUUUGCUUGAAGCUAUUAAACAGGUACCCGCUUACGCGAAGUUUAUAAAAGAAUUGUGUACCCAAAAGAGGCAACAAAAAGUGCCUAAAUUGGUUGAUUUGAAGGAGCGGGUAAGCACGGUUUUAAAAGGAGAUCUUCCUCCUAAGUUACAAGAUCCGGGAACGCCUUUUAUAAAUAUUCAAGUAGGAAAUUUUCAAACUGCAAGGGCGUUAUUGGAUCUUGGAGCCGGAGUAAGUAUCUUACCGGGGGGGUUAUACGACCAAUAUGAUUUUGGUCCAUUGAAACGGGUUGAGACAACGGUGGUAUUAGCCGAUUUGUCUCAUAAACUUCCUCGGGGGAUUGUACGGGAUGUGAUAGUUAAGGUUGAUGAGUUUUAUUAUCCCGUGGACUUUCUUGUGCUAGACUACUCAUCCGCGGACCCAAUUCAACAACAAAAUAUUAUUUUGGGUCGGCCGUUUUUAAACACCGCACAUGCCGUUAUUGAUUGUCGAUAUGGUACGGUCGACAUGACAUUCGGUAAUAGAAAGAUGAGAUUAAACGUUUUUACUAAUGGUACUAAUGUUUAUGAUGAGUGUUUUGUAGCAAACUUCAUAGAUGAAUAUGACCCAAAGGAGUUCGAGGAAGAGAUUUUGGGUUCUUGUUUUCGUGGUGUGUCUUUGCAGGUGCACGCAUGUGAUUUGGAAAAAGAAGAGAAAGAGCAAGAGGCUCUUGCGGUAAAAGAAGGAAGACCGCCAUGGACUCACCAAACGGAUACUCUACCGGUGGAAAUUGAUUCGGGCACAAAGCCUUCCUUGGAAUGUCCACCAAGUGUGGAAUUGAAAGAGCUACCAAAGCAUCUAAAAUAUGUAUUUUUGGGGGACAAUGACACUUUACCGGUGAUCAUUGCUUCUAAUUUGGAGGUAGCUCAAGAGGAGGAGUUGAUACGGGUGUUGAAGGCUCACAAGGCAGCAAUUGGGUGGACAAUAGCUGAUUUAAAGGGUAUUAGUCCUUCCAUUGUAAUGCACAAAAUCAUUACAAGUGAGGAUGCAAAGCCGACACGGGAAACACAAAGAAGGUUAAACCCGAAUCUGAGAGAGGUGGUAAAGAAAGAAGUUAUCAAGUGGUUGGAUGCAGGGAUCAUAUAUCCCAUUUCGAACAGUGCGUGGGUAAGUCCAACUCAGGUAGUGCCUAAAAAGUCGGGCAUUCAGGAACAAUUGGUGAAGGCUCCUAUCUUGCAGCCACCGGAUUGGUCGAAGCCGUUUGAAAUUAUGUGUGAUGCUAGUGAUACGACCAUUGGAGCGGUUUUGGGUCAAAGAGUUGAUAAGAAGCCGGUGGUGAUUGUGUAUUCGGAUCAUAGCGCGGUCCGAUAUCUAAUGGAAAAGAAGGAUGCAAAGCCUCGGUUGAUUCGUUGGGUGCUUUUGUUACAAGAAUUCGAUCUCGAAAUUCGGGACAAGAAAGGGUGUGAAAAUGUUGUUGCGGAUCAUUUGUCCAGAAUCCUGUUGGAAGGUGUUGAUGACCCGAGCGAGAUUAAUGAACGGUUUCCCGAUGAACAAUUGUUAGCCGUUUCUACUUUUGUUGCACCUUGGUACGCCCAUUAUGUGAAUUAUUUGGCUAAGGGUGCAAUUCUGAAUCAUUGGACGAAGAAGAGACGACAACAAUUUCUAUGUCAAGUUAAGCAAUAUAUUUGGGAUGAACCGGAUUUGUUCAAAAUUGGACCCGACCAAACGGUAAGAACGGAUCGAAAAGAUUGGUCAAGUAAACUUGAUGAUGCGUUGUGGGCAUAUCGAACGGCCUACAAAACUCCAAUUGGAACCACCCCUUAUCGGAUGGUGUAUGGGAAGGGGUGUCAUUUACCAAUGGAGUUAGCACAUCGAGCGCAUUGGGCCAUUAAAACUGUUAAUGCGGAUUAUGACGAAGCGGGUCGAACAAGGAAGUUGCAAUUGAAUGAGAUCGAGGAGAUAAGAGAUGAAGCUUAUGAAUGUGCUUCCGCAUAUAAAGACAAACUGAAGAAAGUUCAUGAUGCAAAAAUAAGGAAAAAGAACUUCGAAGUGGGUCAAAAGGUGUGGUUGUACAAUUAG